ACACCCGAGCCGGCAGCGUCCCGCGCUAAGGAACGCCAGCCCGCCCGGAGGGGAGCCGAACCGGGACCGUCCCGUCCGUAAGGAGCCGAACCGAGCCCCCCAGAACUCCUCCGGAACAACCCGAACCCACUCGGCCCCCGCGAUGCCCCCUCCGUGCCGCCCCCCGUCCCCGCUGCGCUGCGUCCAGGCCCUCAGUGCCCUCCUGGCGCUGGCGCUGGCCGCGGCGCCCGGCUACUGGAUCCCGGGCGAGGGCGACGGCUGCUUGUCCGCCUGGGCCUUGUCCUUCGUCUUCACCACCCUCCUCCUCCUCAACGACGCCUUCCGCCGCCCGCCGCCGCGCCGCGACCUCCCGCUGGCGCUGGCCACCGCCGCCGCCAUGGCCUGUGCCACUGCCACCGUCCUGUGGCCGCUGGGCCACCUGCGGGGACACGAGGGUGGCCAAGGCCGCCCCCGCGCCCUCCGCGCUGCCGCCACGGCCGCCUCGGCCGUGGCCACGCUGGCCUACGCCGCCGAGGUGACCCGCGACCGGGCGCGGCCCGGCGAGGCCGCCCCGUACCUGGCCACCCCCUCGGGGCUGCUCAAGGUGGCCGAAGCCUUCCUCGCCCUGCUGCUCCUCGGGCUGUCGGCCGAGCUGGGCGCGGCGUCGGGGCCGGCGGCCGUGCGCUGGUGCCUGGGCAUCUUCUGCGUGUCCUUCGUGCUGGGGGUGCUGCUGGUCGGCAGCUGCCUGCUGGGCUGGGGCUGGUGCGGCUGGAUGCGGGACCCCGAGGGGCUGCGCUGGGGGCUGGGGGUCUACGCCGGGCUGGGGGUGGUGGCCUACGGGGCGGCCACGGUGCUGUGGGCGCUGUACAGCUUCUCGGACGACAUGGGGGGCCAGUCCCGGAGACCCUACGGCUGCCACGCCACCUGCCCCUGGGACAGGAAGGUGCUGGUGGCCGUGCUCAGCGGCCUCAAUCUGGUGGCCUUCGGUGUGGAUUUGGGGCAGACGGGAAGGUUGGUGCUCUUGAGGGCCUGAGGGGGCACCCCAGGGUGAGUGGGGGGGGGAUCCUGGGGGGAGGUGGAGCCUUAAGAGGGGUCUGGGGUCUCCCACAGGUUGGGAUCAGGGCCUUCGUGGGGGUCUGGGUUGAGUCCUGAGGUUCUCAGGCUCCCAAAAGAUCCUUCUGUGGGGGAGGUUUGGGGCCCUAAGAGGGACCUGGGGGGGUGUUGGGGUCCUGGUGGGUGUUUGGGGGUCACCCCAGGGUAGGAUCCAGCUUCUAAUGGGGGUCGGGGGUCCUCUCCUGGGGUGGGAUCAGGCUCCUAAUGGGGGUCCUGGACUCUCUAUUGGACAGGAUUGAGCCUCUAAUGGGGGUCUGGGGUCACCCCGGGAUAGGAUCCAGCCUCUCUGGGGGUCUGGGGUCCUCUCCUGGGGUGGGAUCAGGCUCCUAAUGGGGGUCCUGGACCCUCUGUAGGGCAGGAUUGAGCCCCUAAUGGGGUCUGGGUCACCCCAGGGUGGGAUCGGGGUGCUGUGGAGGUCUGGGGUCUCCCCUUGGGGUGAGAUCCAGCCCCUGCUGGGAGUCCUGGAUCCUUUCUGGGGCAGCAUCGGGCCCUUUUCGGGGUCAGGGUCCCCUCUGGGGGGAUAAUGGAACCCUAAUGGGGAUCCUGGCUCCUCUGUGGGGUGGGAUUCAGCCCUUGAUGGUGGUCUGGGGUCCCGCCAGGGUGGGAUCGGGUGCCUGAAUGGGGUCUGGAUCCUCCGUGGGGCAGGAUCUGGUGCUUAGGGGGGUCUGGGAUCAAGUGCCUGAGGGAUCCUUCCUGCAGGGGUGGUGGGAUCACAAGGGGGUCUUGGGGAGGGGGACACCGCCGAGGCCUUAAAUUGGGGGGUGUUGUCAUUAAAGGGACAUUUCUGCUUCUUAA